AUGGCAACCAGUGAGGCCACAAUUUUGCGCAACUAUUUACUCCUCCCAGCCCGCCUACCUACAAUCAUCUCCCUACAAGAAUUCACCUCUCUAUUCCCCAAAUCUCAACAAUCUUCUCCGCAAAUCCGAUCGCUUUAUAGAGAUCUACAGCAGCAGCGAAAUGUAGUAGUAGAUGGCGUGUCCCAAAAUAUCGACGCUCAGGUUAAGCAAGGUAAAGCUUUACGCCGAGAGGUGAUCAAGGCUCGAAAAGAAGCCGAGCUAGAGGAGCAAGAUGACGAGAUUGAAAUUGAACGAAUGCUAUUCGGACCUACCUCCAAUACCAUACAGCCGAAACAACAUACUCUAAUGACUAUUCUGCCUGCAAUGGACGAUGCCAUCACUGAUAUGGAACAUGAGAUACAAGCAAUGGAGCAGGAAGAAACCGCCCUUCUCGAGUCUACUAGACAAGCCGUUGGCAACAUGAGCGACCUCCGGUACGGUCGUUUCGUCAAUCCCAAAUUAAAAGACGAGGUUCUAGAUGGCCUUCGGCGCAUGCAAGACGUGUGUGAACACAAAACGUGA